AUGGGUGGUGGAGGAAUGGGUGGCUUUGGUGGAGGAAUGGGUGGCAUCCAACCGGUGCAGGUUGACCCAACCCUCCUGCGGCCGGUCCAUGUUGAGAUUGACCCCCAAAUCCAGCAAGUCAAAAACCAGGAGAAGGAGCAGAUUAAGACUCUUAACAAUCAGUUUGCCUCUUUCAUUGACAAGGUCCGUUUCCUGGAGCAACAGAACAAGGUCCUCUCCACCAAGUGGGAGCUCCUCCAGCAGCAAGGGCCUUCAGGGCCGAGGAAGAACCUCGAUGUCAUCUUUGAAAAUUACAUCCAGAACCUGAGGAGGAAGCUGGAAUCUCUCCUGUCACAGAGGGGACAGUUGGAGUCAGAGCUGCAGAACAUGCGGCAGUACGUGGAGGAGUACAAAACCAAGUACGAAGACGAAAUCAACAGGCGCACCGCUGCUGAGAACGAGUUUGUGGUGCUCAAGAAGUACGAACAGCUGCAGAGCACUGCUGGAAGGCAUGGGGACAGCCUCCGCAACACCAAGAUAGAGAUCCAGGAGUUGACCAGGAACAUCCAGAGGCUGCGGGCUGAGAUUGAGAAUGUGAAGAAGCAGAACCAGCAGCUGCAGGCAGCUAUUGCUGAGGCUGAGGAGCGGGGUGAGAUGGCCCUGAAGGAUGCCAGGAGGAAACUGGAAGAGCUGGAAUGUGCCCUGACCAAAGACAAGGAGGAACUGGCUCGCUUGCUGAAGGAGUACCAGGAGCUGCUGAACACCAAGAUUGCCCUGGACGUGGAGAUCGCCAUGUACAGGAAGCUGCUGGAGGGAGAGGAGAACAGGCUGUGCAAUGAUGGCAUGUCCAACGUCAAUGUCUCUGUGGUAGGCAGGACCACCAUCACUGGAGGCAGAGGAGGCAUGGGAGGAGGAAUGGGAGGAGGCGUGUGUGGAGUAGGAGGAGGCUUCGGAGGUGGAAGCAUGGGCGGCAGCUGUGGAAUAGGAGGAGGAGUGUACGGCGGUGGCUUCUCUUCUGGAAGUGGGAGGAUCUGCGGCUCUGGAGGUGGCGGCUACAGCUCUGGUGGGGGAUCGUCCUCCGUACGGAGAUGUGUCACGACCACCUCCGUCAAAUCUUCAGGAGUGAGGUUCUGA